CACGCACACGGGACACGGACACGGGACAGACACGCGUGCGCCCCGGCCACGCCCCUUCCGGCGGCGUGGCGGCCACGCCCCUUCCGGCGGGCGGCGGUACUUCCGUCCCGGCGCGGCGGGCGGCUCAGCAUGGGGGUGACCUGCGUGGCGCAGGUGCCGGUGGCUGAGGGGAAGAGCGUCCAGCAGACGGUGGAGCUGCUGACGCGGAAACUGGAGCUGCUGGGGGCCGAGAAGCAGGGGACGUUCUGCGUGGACUGCGAGACCUACCACACCGCCGCCUCCACCAUCGGCAGCCAAGGGCAGACAGGGAAGCUGAUGUACGUGAUGCACAACUCCGAAUAUCCCCUCAGCUGCUUCGCCCUCUUUGAGAACGGCCCCUGCCUCAUCGCGGACGCCAACUUCGAUAUCCUGAUGGUGAAGCUGAAAGGGUUUUUCCAGAACGCCAAGGCCAACAAGAUUGAGAGCCGGGGCACCCGCUACCAGUACUGCGACUUCUUGGUGAAGGUGGGCACGGUCACCAUGGGGCCCAGUGCCCGCGGGAUAUCUGUGGAGGUGGAGUACGGCCCCUGCGUGAUCGCCAACGACUGCUGGAACCUGCUCAUGGAGUUCAUGCAGAGCUUCAUGGGCAGCCACGCUCCCGGCGUCCCCUCCGUGUUUGGCACCAAGCACGACAGCGUCUACGGCCCCGCGGACACCAUGGUUCAGUACAUGGAGCUCUUCAACAAGAUCCGCAAGCAGCAGCAGGUGCCCGUGGCCGGGAUCAGGUGAACGGGAGUCCUGGAGCUGGAGCCUCCGCGUCCUUCGGCCCCUGGGGACCGGGGGUCCCUCUGAACAGCCACGCUGGAGGCAGCCCCAGGUCGUGGGUUUUGUUGUUUUCAGUCUCUUUCCCGUCUCAAAGCAAAGUUCUGUGCGUGUUUCUUGUUCUUCUUCGUGGUUUGGAGCGUGUCUGGGACCGGGCCCGUGCUUCUGAUGGUGCUUUGUACGGCGCUUUGCGCAGGGGCUGCUGUUCGUGGAGGGGAGAGGACGAAUUCCAGCCAAAUGUGUGCGAGGGCAGAGCUUCCCGAUUGCAAAGAGCUGCAGGAGAGACUUUUCAUUUUUGUUUUUUAGAUAUCUGCAUCAAAAUAUCUUGUUAUUUUUCAUCAAAAUAAAAAGCUGUAUUUUGUGAGGAGGUGGAGUCUUUCCGCAUAGGAAGCGUUGUGCUGUUUCGUAUUGUUUAUUUACAGCUUUUGAAACUUUCUGUGGAAUGGAGACAAUUCUUCAGCAUGGUUUUAUCUUCAAUUUGGCUCGAGAGCUCUAUAUCCCUGAAGCAAACUAAUAUUCCUGUGGCAAAAUCUGCAGGAAUUCUGGCAUUCCUGUUACAGCUGUGUUCUUAGCUUGCCUUCAUCUUUUAUAUCUGAUGGGAGCAUUCAACCCUUCUACCUCUCAGCUUGAAGCCUCGUGAUGAAUAAAUGAGGCAGGAGCCCUCUCACGCGUUGAAGAGAACACCAGGCGUUUAUCUCGUGUUUGACUGGCGCGUGACGAAUGUCCCAUCCCUGCACACCAUCUGAGAACCGUAACUUCACCAGAUUGAAUGGAGGAAGGAAUGAUUUGGGGAGGAAGAGCCAAAAAUUUACUAUAAGACUUAACAAUACAAUAUCUCUUGAACAUUUUUCUUGUAGCACUGAUUUCUUUUUACAGCAACCAGGGAAAUGCGAUCCCUUUUGCGCUACCUGUCCCAUGGGUUUGAUGUGUUCUGUAUCUAUCUGGCUCGCAACUGUCCUUCUUUUAAUUCUCCUGCUCGGUCUGGGGUUACACAGAAACACCCUCAUUGCGCCCCCCCCUUUGCGCGGGGCUGCCCUCCCGGUUUCGGGGAUGCUGGGAGCAGCAGGUUCUGGCUCUGCAGCCCGUGUCCCGCACACGACGGGCGGGCGCGAAGGAGGCGUGGGGACGGUGUUAGGACGGGAGACUUGCAAGAAGGACGGUGGUUCCUCGGGAGGAGCCGCGAGCGUCUCGCUCACAGAGAAUCUCGUUGGGUCUUGAAGAGUCUGAAGAGCAAAUAAAACAGAAAUGGAUUUCUCCUAAAUGGAUUUUCCCUUCUGAAGCAGGACAUUUGUGACUUGAUUGCUGGUGCAGAACUAGUUAUUUACAUUUAUACCUUUAAGUCUAAUUAACUGUUAGAGUGCUGUAGCUUUUAGUCUGGGCAUUUAAUAAAUGUAAACAGCACUGGGUCCAGAAGGAUCCGGUUAAUGAGCCGUAAUAAAUGGCAUAAUGUGCCAAAAGUGUGUUAGAAAUUCCA